CCAACGAUCCUCAGCACUUCACUCCCCACCAUCCCACGACUCAUGGCUGCCAACCCUCCGGCCACCGGAAAACACCAGAGCUACCGUGGAGUCCGGUCCCGGUACGGCAAGUGGGUGUCGGAGAUCCGGGAGCCCGGCAAGGACAGCCGCAUUUGGCUCGGCACCUACCCAACCCCCGAGAUGGCCGCGAUGGCCUACGACGUCGCCGCCCUCGCACUCCGAGGCUCCGGCGCCGUCCUCAAUUUCCCGGACGCCGUCGGGCGUCACCCUGCGCUGGCAUCCACGUCCCGGACUGAUAUCCGUGCAGCAGCAUCGGCGGCGGCGGCGGCAAUGACCGUCCCGGCGACGCAGAGGCCGGGAACCAGCAGCGAUGCCACCGACCGCCAAUGUUGGUUCGAUGGCACGAGUAGUGGUGGCGAUGGGGCUAAGUUUUUGGACGAGGACGAGAUCUUUGACAUGCCACAGCUGCUGAGGAGCAUGGCGGAGGGGAUGCUGAUGACGCCACCGAGCUGGUUAAGCCCGUCACAGAGCGAGGACACGCCAGAGACUUCAGGAGAGGAGAGCCUGUGGAGCUACCCUUAAUUAAACUAAAAGGAGGCCUCCUUUAUACAUAGUUCAGUUAAUAUAUAGAUAGCGAGAAUGCUGCUUUCUGUUAGAAGGAAGCGUGUUGUAUGAUACUUUAUAUUAAUUAGUAUAUGCCAACUUCUCAGUAUGGUGAAUCCCACUAUACGAUCAAAGAUAAAGCUGUUGGCAAAAACCCUGUACCCAGGGAUAUACUCACAUAUAUUUCUGGUACUAUAGUGACAUGUAUAGCUAGUCAUAUGGAUCUAUGUUAGAUAUUUCUCCUAAAUUAUUGGAUAUUAUAUGUAAUGGCUUCUAUGGAUGUAUUUAUAA